AUGGAUGAUAGUUCGCCGGACCUGUCGCUGAAAUUGCGACGGGGCUCCAGCGACUCACGGGAGUCUUUUUACAUGGACUUCGCGCAAGGAAUCGACUCGGAUAUAGAAGAAGUAACGACGAUCGAAAGAAUUAUUCCUGAACAUCCGGGUGGGAGAACGGAGGGCGAUUCUGACACACUCGCGACACCUUCCGGUCUCGAUGACAAAGAUCUGGCACAAUAG